AUGGGGCCAAGCCUGGGACAGCAGCUUGGGCACCUCCACCACAUCUUCCAGGACAGCAGGGCUCCAAGUCACCCCCCGCGGGCCCACCCACGCUUCAACCUGGAGGCCUUUGACUGCCUGGCCGCGAGCCACGCGGGCCGCCUAUGGGAGCAGUUGCGGCAGUUCUGGGCGGACCACUUCUCGCGCCGCUUCUCGCCGCGGAGGCCGCCGCUGCGCCGCAUCUCAUCCCUGUCCACCUUCUAUCUGCUGGACCAACGCACGCGCCAGACCGAGCUGGGGCUGAGCUACGGCGCGCCGCGCACCCGACUGAGCGACAUGGCCUUCGUGUUCCGCGGCGGCCGCUGGAGCGCGGAGGUGCAGCGCGCACACGCGCGCACGCCUCUGUCCUCGCCCACCGGCAAGGCCUGGAAGGCGCAGGCGCAGCCGAUCAAGAACCAAGUGCUGCUGGAGGAAAACAACUACCUGAAGCUGCAACAAGAACUGCUCAUGGAUAUGCUGACCGAGACCACGGCGCGCAUGCAUCUCCUGGAAAAGAAGGUGGACAGGGAUGCCGACCCCGCGGCCUCGGCGCGCGCCUGGCAGAGGAACAUGCGCAAGCCCGAAGAUGCGGGCGUGCUUAUGAUUCAGCCGCGCGCUCUGGAGUCGCGGUGACGCAAUAAAACCGUGCAUAAA